CAAGCCCUGCAUACUUCAUACCUGCUGGACUCUUGCUAACAGCAGACCUCUCACACUCUCACAGGUGUUAGCAUCCCUUUAUAUCGAGGACACCGAGCCAAACCUGUACAUUGAAGAUGGUUGCAUUGUCGCUUAUGAGCGUGUGGGGGUUGCUGUGCCUCUGCACCACUGUCCAUGGCAUGGGCAGCAAUAUCGACAUAUUGGCACAAACAGCAAUCAACCUCCCGGGGACCCUGAGCUGUGGUGUGAACUGGGGGUGCGAUUGUGCAUUCAGGCAGAAGGACUGCUGUUGUGGGGCCAAGCAGUUCACGGCCCUGGAAGACAGCAUCUACACCAGGCUGGUGGCAUUUAGGAUGGAGCUCCACGACGUUGAAAUGCAAACAGAGGCCCUCACAAAAAACACCCACAUCGCCUUUUCAGCCAGCAUGGCUGCAAGAUCCGGCUCUUUUGGUCCUUUCACCACAAAUGUUCCCAUUCCCUACACCUUAAUUGCUACUAACGAUGGAAACGGAUAUAACCCUGCUCUGGGCAUCUUCACCGCGCCUCGUGCGGGGGUAUACUCCUUCGCCUACACUGUGUACUCCAGCGUCGGUACCACGGGGGCGCGCCUCUACCAUAAUAUCCAACUGAUGUUGAACGGAGAGGUCGUGGCGUCCACGUGGGAGGACAACCGCGAGGACACGGAGGACAGCGGGUCCCAGGUGGUGGUGUUGCAGAUGAGGAGAGGCUGCCAGGUUUACAUGGAGAUGGUGUCCGGGAGAAGCCUCGCUGGAAACACUAGAAAUGCUUAUAACCAUUUCUCCGGCUACCUCGUGUACCCUGACGAUGAAGAUUAGCCACGCUAGCUGAAGAUCUACACUGGACAGCGAGAGGAGGGGCUGGGGUGGGAUAACGGAGCUGGGGGGAGAGAACAAGUCACAUCAUAGGUAAAUCAGUCCCGUGUGGGGAACCACACGGGAGCAAUCGAUUCGGUUUAUGACUCUUUAAGGAACAGUAGGCCUAUCAAAGAAACUGUAUAGAAAAUGCAUGACAUACAUGAUUGGAUUUUAACAGGAAAAGUGUGGCAGGUAUAUAAUAAAAGCCAAUGUACAGUGAAAGAUAUGACUACGUUUUGGAAAAACAACAAUAAUAAACAUUAAUAAAACUAAAUGUGAUUCAUGAUAA